AUGACGGACACCGACGUAAUGACUCCUGAUGAUCGGGCCAAUUACUUAGCCGCAAGAAGAGGAGGGUGCGAGCUCUAUUCCUGGCGGCUGAGGCUGUUUGUCAAGGCGCCCCUUCAUCAUCGGGAGAUUACCCGAGGAACAGCUGAUAUAUUACUGUCCCCGUCCUCAUCUGUAAUCACUAAACCUCUGUCAAACUUUACUGCCUCAGUUUCCUACAGUAUUUGGGGAGUGACCGGGAUCAAGACCGAAGAGCAAGGAGCCGAGGACGGGAAGGAGGGAGGCUCGGGACUGGGGAAGAGCAAGCCGGGGAAGCGGCAGCGGCGGCAGAGGACGCACUUCACCUCCCAGCAGCUCCAGGAGCUGGAGGCCACCUUCUCCAGGAACAGGUACCCGGACAUGUCCACCCGGGAGGAGAUCGCCAUGUGGACCAACCUCACCGAAGCCAGGGUCAGGGUGGAGAAUAAUAUAACCCGACAACGUGUCGCCAAUCCAGGGAUCACACAUCACUCCAUGACAUUCAAUCGCCUGCUGGAAGAAAGGCGAGGUCUAACAAACCUUUAA